UCAGUCCUCUUUUCAUUACGUAUGAAAACACAUGCUUCAUAGUAUACUACAUUAAAGUCUAUAUUCACCAAUAUUUUUAAAAUGGCUGCUAAGUUGAUCGUGUUCGCUGCUCUGUUCGGGCACCUGGCACUCGCCUACCCAACAUCGGUCAUCUCGCAUAACGGAUUCGAGACAAACCACUACGACGACGGCCACUACGCCCACGCACCCACACCAUACCACUUCGAGUACGCCGUCAACGACCCGCACACCCACGACAUCAAGAGCCAUCACGAGCUAAACGACGGACACGGAAACGUCAAAGGCUCUUACAGCCUCCUGGAAGCCGACGGUUCCACCAGGGUGGUCACUUACACCGCCGACCACGAACACGGUUUCAACGCUGAGGUGAAGAAAAUCGAAGCUCCCGCUCACCACCAUUACGAAGCACCUCUCGCCACCAGCUACCAUGAGCCAAUCCAUCAUUCGUACAAACCGUACCAAUACUGAUGUGAUGGCACCGGCUGCUGCACAUCGUCAUCUCGUCGUCGCCCAGACAUCAUCAUUUCGUGUAUAAUACUUUCAUCAUAAUCUUUUGUAAUAUAUAUAUAUAUAUGUUUUUUCUUUAAUAAACCGUCGUCCAGUACUAUUUUAUAAUAUCACGGAAUAUAUCUACCACCAUCACUCCAACGCCACCAGCUUACCAAGAGCCAAUCUAUAGCACGUAACCGUCUUCACAGUUUCACACUUUCACUCAUACUGAUGAAUGAGACGCUACGGCCGAUUGUAAAUUCAACCGAAAGUACCUUUUUGUUUGGAAGUGUGUAGGAAUACAUUUCACCUGUAGGUUUUUCUUUAAUAUCAACUAUUGAACAUCUAUAAUUGUAUAAUUUUGUUUUAAAAAUGUAUUUGUACAUGAUAUUGUUUUACAGAUUAUAAUUUUUGAGAAAUUGCUUAUACGAAUAACAUUUUUUGAGUUUGACA